GAGUCACAUAUUGUGUGCUCUCUCCGCUUCCCCAACGAGCCGACGUUCACACAAAGGCAGCAACACCAACCAGAACAAGCCGACAAAUCACCGUCUUUACAGCGUAGAAACCUUUUUUGAAUUCCAAUUGAUCUCUUUUAUCCUUUUGAUAUUAUUAUUCUCUCAGAGGUGAUGACGACCGUUCUAAACCGCAAGUUUGAUCUGCUGUGCCACAGCGGCACGUGUCCCUCGUACCUCGUCGACGUCUUGUCUUUCUUGGUCGCACACGCCAAUGACACGGAGUUGUUCAAGUCGGAGCUGCGCUCCAGCGACGGUGGCGGUGCUAGCGGUUUCGAGACGACCCAAGCCGGCCUCCUCCCGUCCUCACGAGCCAACUCCGCUAUUCGUCCAGAUCGGGCGUCGCGCGAGGCAAGUGAGCGCUACGCUGCGGAUCGCCGCACACAGCUGCUGUACCGACAAGUCGAAGACUCCGAAGCGCUCGAUGACGCCUUGCGCGCUUCGCAUGAGUCGGUGCUGAUCGCCGCGGAGCAAAGCUUGCAGACCUACGCGGAGGACUUGAAGAACAUGAACGAGAUUGCAAUGGCCACCUCCGCCAAGCAGCUGCGGGCGAUGCGGGUGGAGACGCAGGAGCAGAUGGAGGCGUUUCGCGACCGCGUCUGCGCGAGCGUCGUGACUCAGACUCGCGACGAGCUGGAUGUGAUGCGCAGCGAGUUUGGCGCCUCGAUCAAGGAGGACGUGGGAGACAUGGUGCGCCAGCUGCACGAGGUCAGCCUCACUGCACAGCGGCAGGUGCAGGCGCUGGCGAAGUCGUUCGCGGAAUUCGUCGCGCAGACGCACGAGGCGACGGCGGUGGUACCGUUGCAGGACGCCCACGACGCCCUGGCCGCGGUGGAGUACGUGCAGGAGAGGAUGGACUGCGUGGAGGCGGCGGUGGCGUCGAGGGCAGACGUCGACACUCUUCAAAAGCGCCUACAAGAGGUAGAGCGGCUUGUCGCCACGUUAGGAUCGGCAAUGAACGGGGUGCUGCAAGCAGCGGUAUCGCCACCGGCAGCGGCAGCAACGCCAUGCGAGCACGCCAUGACGAGCGUCGCCGCUGCUCCUCCCCUUACCCCGCCUCCGCCCAUCAAGCCAUCGGUGCGGGGGCACGAGACACCGUCAGCGCUAGCGAACUCACUUCCUCUUGAUAACGCGCCCAAGGCGUCAGCAGCACCACCCUCUCGCACGCAGGCAUCCGCGAUGCCAGUAGACAGCAACAGCGCUAGAGAAGUUCAAGCUGCUACGCCAUCCCCUCCCCUUCCCCCGCCAUCUGCCUCUAUCGCAAUUCCAAAGACGGGCGCGGAGCGACUUGGUGUUGCUGUCGAAGGCGCCGAAGAAGGCGUCGUGCUCGCGAAGGUGCUGCCCGACUCCACCGCCUCAAAUCACCAGCUGGGGACGGGGCACAUCAUAUCUCACGUCGGGCGCGUUGCAGUGACGACACCGGCGGCCUUCGAGGCGGCUCUUCAGUCGUCCGAGGGGCAGCCGCUGAAGCUGACCACGUAUGACCCUUUUCAAGGCCGCAUUCGUGUACUAACCAUUCAGUCCUUCUGA